UUGUUCAAGAUUAAUUUUAUAUUAAUGAAUAUUAUUAUUCCAAUUAAUUUUUCUUAUUUAUUUUUCAACUUUUUUCUUCUUCUAAAUUAUAUUAAUUGUUUAAAUAUUUUACAAAUUGUGCCAGGCUUCACAAAUUCUCAUGUUUUAUUUAAUUAUAGACUUGCGGAAGAAUUGACUAAAUUAGGGCAUUCUGUUGUUUUAUGGACACAAAUGGAAAUGAAUAUGGUUUUUACAGGAGACUUUAAAUUGCCAGAUGGUGUUAACGAAAUUCGUGAGUCUAUUCAAUUCAAGGAUAAAUUGAAAGUUGAGGGACUGAAGGUUUUUCAAGAAAUGAUUUUUGAGAGUGGCACUCCUUAUGAACUUUGGUGGACCGGCAGAGAAUUUAAAGAAAUGCGUUUAGAAGCAUGUGAACAAAUGCUUGGAGAAGGACGUGCAAAAUUGCUUUCCUCUGUAAAAUACCAAAAAUUUGAUUUGGCAAUUGGGCAUUUUCAUGAUUUUUGUCCAGUAGCUAUGGCUCGUUCUGUGGGAGUUUAUAGAAUGAUUUGGAUUACUCAUGGCCCUUCACUUUAUGAUUUUACUUCUUUAUCCUUUGGUCUACGAACAUUUCCUUCAUUUGUUCCACAUCCUCUUUCCUUCAAUUCAGACAGAAUGAAUUUUUUACAACGUUUAAUUAAUGUUAUCUGGCAUUUUUCUGGUAUAGAAUUUGUAAAUCUUCCAAAUGUUUUACUUCAUGAAGAGAAUUCCUUAUACAAAAAAUGUUUUUUUUCGAAAUUAUUUUUUAAAAAUUUAUUUUUAAAAGUUUUUCCAAAAUCUAAAAAUCUUUGGAGUGUUGGUCAACAAGUUUCUGUUCUUUUAUUAAAUGGAGAACGUUUCCUAGAUUUUCCAAGGCCAUUACCUACAUUUAUUUUAAAUUUGGGUUCACUAGCUUCUAAACAACAAAAGUUAAAUAAAUUAAUUUUGGAUUCAGAGAUUGAGUCUAUUUAUUCGAAGAAGGGAAGUAAAGGUUGGUUGAGGGCUUUGCAUGGCCCUAACUUUAUGAUUUUCAUAAAGUGUAGGGAUAGAUCCACCUCAAAAUAUAUUGGACAUUUUUAA